AUGGGCGUUGUCGAAGGUGAUCCUUUCUACAUCCUCGUCAAAGGGGCACCGAUCACCAAGCCCAUCCUUGAGGACAAUAACCCUGUCCAGGCGUCCCUUAUUGCCAGCCCUGAAAGGGCUAUCUUCACCUACAACGCUUCCAGCAACCAUCUUGAAUGUGAAGGGCUCUAUUUAGGCCGGAAUCUUGUUGAAGACCGGAGCUUGUUGCCUAAGAAGGUUGUGUGGUCUAGAGAUCCUGAACGUCUUCUGCCUGUGAAGACUGACGAAAACGACCCUGGCAAGUUGAGGUUUUCCGGUGGCCUUCUGACUGUUAUGAAUGGUCAGCUUUUUGCGAGCCUGAUGGGAGAGGAAGAGCCUACGGUGGAAUUAGUGUUGGUUUGA